UAUCCAUAGAAAUGGUAUUUUUCACGUGUACUCACUGUGGUGAGGCAAUAAAGAAGCCUAAAGUCGGAAAACACUUUCAAUUCAAGUGCAGAAAUUCCAUUUCAGUCAGUUGCAUGGAUUGUUUCCAAGAUUUUCGGGGACAAGAGUUUGUCAAACACACCAAAUGCAUAACGGAGGCGCAGCGGUACGGUGGAAAAGACUUUGUCCUCCGGCCGAGCAAAAAUAAAGGAGAGCAAAAACAACAAGAUUGGGUUGCAGUAGUACAUGCUGUCAUUGAGAAUUCAGAAAACCUAUCUGUUGCUGAAAGGAACAUUCUUAAUACAUUGUCAAAUCAUGACAAUGUGCCGAGAAAAAAAGCAAAGUUUUUUAAUUUUAUGAAAAGCAUGUUAGCCGGUCGAGUUAACUUGACAGUCCUCGAGAGUAUAUGGACUAAAAUGGAAGAAGCCUUCAAAAAAACUUUAGCGAAUAAAGCUCCUACAAAUACUAAUGUUUGUUCUGUCGCUCAAGAUAAUGUAGUGACACCGAUGAUUCAGACAGAUAUAUCGGAAAAUGAGAACAACGAAAACUUAUCCAAUGAAUAUAAAACAGCAGAUCCUAAUGCCGAAUACAGUGGGAACUCGGAGAAUCAAAGUUGUGAAAUCAGCCUGCAGACAACUGAUAAUAGCAGUAGCAAUAAAUCGAAAAAAUCGCUGAAGCGGAAAAUACCUGAAGAAAUGCAAUAUCAGAAGAAGGAAAACUUCCACACUAACAAUAGAAAUUGUGAAAAUUUCGAGCAAAAUUUAUGUUCAAUAGGUAUGGAAGAAAAUUGCGUUGUAAGUAAAAAGUCUAAAAAACUUAUAGGUGAUGAAUUAGAAAGUACUAAUUUAACAACUGCAAUGAGUCAGAAUAAUUCUAAAAAUAUUUCCUAUAAUAACGAAAUGGUAAUCAAGAAAUUUAACUGGAGUGAUGCUAUACUGGAGGUACUUUACUCUAAAAAGGAAGUUUCUCUGAGGAAAUUGAGAAAAAAAGUUUUGCGACAGUAUCAAAUAUAUAGUAAAGUUACAGUACUAAAAGGAAAUGCUGCUGCUAAAUUUGACAGAAAAAUUAAUAGAAUGACACAGAUUGUUAUCGAAGAUGGAAAAGUCAAACUAGCAAAGUGAUAUCUAGGCAGACAAAAUCUUGUAAAGAAAACGACCACAAUAAAAAUAAGGGAAUUUUGAUUCAAUAUCAUUCAUCCUAAA